UGAGAAAAAUAAAAGAUGAUGUGAUACUGAGGAGUGAUAUGUAAGCUGGUACUAGAAGAAUUCACCCUGAGAGACACGGAGGACACGUUCGAGGCAGUGGAAACUGCCUGGGGGAAGGCCUUGAGUCCGCAGAGCCUAGCCAGUUGGAGAAAUGAAAGGCGGCGGAGGGCAGUGGCCAGGGAGAGGGCAGAAAGCCGGAGAGGGAGGCCCCCGCCAGGCCGAGCCCACGGUGGACCCUGAAAUUAAUCCACCGUGGUAGACAUCAGAACAGCGGUGGUCUCGGGGAGGCUGGGAUUGCCUGGAAGGGGCUCCAGAGAAAUUUCUCGGGCGAGGGAAAAAUACCCUGAUUAGGGUGUUGACUACAUGGAUGGACACAUUUAUCAAAACUCAGCAAAGAGUGGUGCAUAUUGCUAUAUGUAGUUCAGCUCAAAAACAAAAGUGAGAGGCCCAGCUUGUGAGAGCAACCGUGAGCUGGGAAAGUCCUUCUGCCGCGCCUUCCAGCUUGCUCCGCAGACGCACACCGCAGCCCCGGGCGUGCGGUGCAUCCUGCAGGGAGAGGGAUGGCGGGGUACUGGGAAGGAGGCGUCCACACCCGGCAGUACGGGUAAGGGCGGUCCCGAGGGUGGAGGUGAGUGCUGCGCUCACAGCCAGAACCUAGGCUGCCGGCUCCAGCCUCCGCCUCUGUCGUCAGGGGCAACCUUGGCGAUGCGCCCGCCGCCCCGCCCUUCGCGCAGACGCCAGGUGGCGGUUGGGGCGCAACUAGCCCGUUUGAUUUCCCGCGGCCGGUGGAAAGGGGCGGAGGGGGGAGGGGAAAGGGCCCGCCGGCCAAUGGGCUGGGUUGGGAAUGGUCACGUGACAGCCUCGGGGCGGGGCCCAGGUGUACUUACGGGGCUCCGGGCGGGGGCCUCGGCCGCGGCGCGAAGUCCGGGAGGCGGGGCCGGCGUGCGGGUCGGGGGGCUGCUCCGCUAGGAUUGGCCUGUGGCCCGGAGGCGGGGCCUGCGCGCGCCGCGGCUGCGGGCUGCGAUUGGCCUCGGCUCAGGGCCCGCUGCCGGCGUGCGGGCGAGGCUCGGGGCGCGAGGACCGAGCGGGGCGGCGGGUUCGCGAGCCGGGGGGAGGAGCCGGGGCGGUGGCGGAGGCGGCGGCGGAGGAGGAGGAGGUGGCGGCGGGGGCCGGUACUGGACCCGGCGGGAUGAGCGAGGCGGAGGCGGCAGCGGUGGCUACAGCGGCCCCCGCGGCGACGGUGCCCGCGACGGCGGCAGGGGUGGUAGCGGUGGUGGUACCGGUGCCCGCCGGGGAGCCACAGAAAGCAGGCGGCGGGGCGGGCAGCGGCGGGGUCGGAGCAGCCUCGGGCCCCGCUGCUGGGACGCCCUCGGCGCCGGGCCCCCGCACCCCUGGCAACCCGGCGACGGCGGCCUUGGGGACCCCCGCACCCCCCGCCCGGAGUCAGGCGGACAAGCCGGUGCUGGCAAUCCAAGUCCUGGGCACUGUCAAAUGGUUCAACGUCCGGAAUGGUUACGGAUUCAUCAACAGGAAUGACACCAAAGAGGACGUCUUUGUUCACCAGACAGCUAUUAAAAGAAACAACCCCAGGAAGUUUCUGCGCAGCGUUGGAGAUGGGGAGACUGUGGAGUUUGAUGUCGUGGAAGGAGAGAAGGGUGCAGAAGCUGCUAAUGUAACUGGGCCUGGGGGGGUGCCAGUGAAAGGCAGCCGCUAUGCCCCCAAUCGACGUCGGUUCCGCCGAUUCAUUCCCCGGCCUCGCCCAGCUGCCCCGCCACCCAUGGUGGCAGAGGCUCCAUCAGGCGGGACAGAACCAGGCAGCGAAGGGGAGCGAGCUGAAGACUCUGGGCAGCGGCCCAGACGAAGGCGCCCACCACCCUUCUUCUACCGAAGGCGCUUUGUGCGAGGCCCUCGGCCCCCCAACCAGCAGCAGCCUAUGGAGGGCACUGAUGGGGUAGAACCCAAAGAGACAGCCCCAUUGGAGGGGGACCAGCAGCAGGGAGAUGAGCGGGUCCCCCCACCUAGAUUCCGGCCCAGGUACCGAAGGGUCCCCACUUCUCUCCCCAGGCCCUUCCGCCCCAGGCCACCCCAGCAGCCUACCACAGAAGGUGGGGAUGGCGAGACCAAGCCCAGCCAAGGCCCCACUGAUGGUUCCCGGCCUGAGCCUCAGCGCCCACGAAACCGCCCCUACUUCCAGCGGCGACGGCAGCAGCCCCCUGGACCCAGGCAGCCCACAGCCCCAGAGACCUCAGCCCCCAUCAACAGUGGGGACCCCACCACCACCAUACUGGAGUGAUUCCAACUCAAAGGAUACCCAGAGCUACCAUCUGGUAUCUGCCAGUUUUUCCAACUGACCCGUACCCUAUCCAGGACCCCCUCCCCCCUUUCCCAUAAUUCAUGACAUCAAAACAUCGGCUUUUCCCCCUUUUCCUUGAGACUCAGGAGGGCCAAAGCAACAGCCUUUUGCUUUUUUUUUUUUCUCUCCCCUACCAAGGGUUGAAGGAAGGGAUCCAUCUUUAUUGUUCAGAGGCACCACCUCCCUCCCCUAAAUCAGGCUGAGAAGGAACCAGCCAGCUCUUACCUCCUCCUGGUUGUUUUUCUUUCCCACCCCAGUUUAUUUUUUGUUUCCUCUCUACCCCUACCCCCGACCUCUGAAGCCAUUUUAUGAACUGUCAUGUGCCACCUGAGCCUCCAGUAAAAACAAAAACAGGCUUUCCUGU